AUGAGCUCUGAUGCGGAGAUGGCCAUUUUUGGAGAAGCAGCUCCCUACCCGCGGAAAUCAGAGAAGGAGAGAAUCGAGGCUCAAAAUCGCCCAUUUGAUUCUAAGAAGGCUUGCUUUGCAGUGGAUGAUAAGGAAUUUUAUGUGAAAGGUAUGAUCCAGAGCAAGGAAAAUGACAAAGUCACAGUCAAGACCCUCGACGACCGGACACUCACUCUGAACAGUGAACAGGUCUUCCCCAUGAACCCUCCCAAAUUUGACAAGAUCGAGGACAUGGCCAUGAUGACCCACCUGCACGAGCCAGCAGUGCUGUACAACCUCAAAGAGCGUUACGCAGCCUGGAUGAUCUAUACCUACUCGGGCCUCUUCUGUGUCACCGUCAACCCCUACAAGCGGCUGCCGGUGUACAACCCCGAGGUGGUGACGGCCUACAGAGGCAAAAAGCGCCAGGAGGCCCCGCCCCACCUCUUCUCCAUCUCUGACAACGCCUACCAGUUCAUGCCGACUGAUCGAGACAACGAGUCCAUCCUCGUCACCGGAAAAUCCGGGGCUGGGAAGACAGUGAACACCCAGCGUGUCGUCCAGUACUUUGCAACAAUUGCGGUCACUGGGGAGAAGAGGAAGGAGCAGCGGCCGGGCAAGAUGCAGGGAACCCUGGAAGACCAGAUCACCCAGGCCAACCCCCUCCUGGAGGCCUUUAGAAAGGCCAAGACCGUGAGGAAUGACAACUCCUCGAGAUUCGGGAAGCUCAUUCGCAUUCACUUUGGGGCCACAGGAAAGCUGGCGUCAGCAGACAUUGAAACCUAUCUCUUAGAAAAAUCCAGGGUGACAUUUCAGUUAUCCCGUGAGAGAAGCUAUCAUAUUUUUUACCAAAUCAUGUCAAACAAGAAGCCGGAACUUAUCGACCUGCUUCUCAUUUUAACCUACCCCUUAGUCGUCCCCUUUGUGAGCCAAGGAGAGGUCACCGUGGCCACUAUUGACGACAGUGAGGAACUGUUGGCCACUGAUAAUGACACUGACAUCCUGGGCCUCAGCUCAGAGGAGGAAGUUGGGAUCUACAAGCUCACAGGCGCCAUGAUGCACUACGGGAACAUGAAAUUCAAGCAGAAACAGCGGGAAGUGCAGGCAGAGCCAGACGGCACCGAAGUGGCUGACAAAGCUGGGUACCUGAUGGGUCUGAAUUCUGCAGAAAUGCUGAAAGGCCUGUGCUGUCCAAGGGUGAAGGUUGGGAACGAAUAUGUCACUAAAGGGCAAAAUGUCCAGCAGGUGACCAAUUCGGUGGGCGCUCUGGCCAAAGCCGUCUACGAGAAGAUGCUCCUGCGGGUGGUCACCCGCAUCAACCAGCAGCUGGACACCAAGCAGCCCAGGCAGUACUUCACUGGGGUCUUGGACGUCACUGGCUUUGAGAUCUUUGACUUCAACAGCCUGGAGCAGCUGUGCAUCAACUUCACCAAUGAGAAGCUGCAGCAGUUCUUCAACCACCACAUGUUCGUGCUGGAGCAGGAGGAGUACAAGAAGGAGGGCAUCGCGUGGGAGUUCAUCGACUUCGGGAUGGACCUGGCCGCCUGCAUGGAGCUCCUCGAGAAGCCUAUGGGCAUCUUCUCCAUCCUGGAAGAGGAGUGCAUGUUCCCCAAGGCCACAGACACCUCCUUCAAGAACAAGCUGUAUGACCAGCACUUGGGCAAGUCCAACAACUUCCAGAAGCCCAAGCCUGCCAAAGGCAAGGCUGAGGCCCACUUCUCCCUGAUCCACUACGCAGGCACUGUGGACUACAACGUUGCCGGGUGGCUGGACAAGAACAAGGAACCCCUGAACGAGACGGUGGUCGGCCUGUACCAGAAGUCUUCGCUGAAGCUGCUGUCCUUCCUUUUUUCCAACUAUGCUGGUGCAGAAGCAGGCGACGCCAGGGUGAGCAAGAAGGGCGGGAAGAAGAAGGGCUCCUCUUUCCAGACUGUGUCCACUGUGUUCAGGGAAAAUUUAAACAAAUUGAUGGCCAAUUUAAGAAGCACCCGUCCUCACUUUGUGCGAUGUCUGAUUCCCAAGACUCCUGCUGACUAUGGCUUCCUGCCCUUGUCUGGGGAUAUUAAUUUACUCGGUCACCCCUUUAACCCACAUUUACUGAGCUGCAGUUCCGUGCUGGGGCCUCUGCUUGGCACUGGGGAUGCAGAAAUGAGCCCUGGCCUCCAGGAACCCAUAGAGGAGCAGAAAGCAGACACGUGCGUGGCUAGCUUUAACGCCUAUGACAAGCGCAAUGUCAGUUAUAUUCGGGGCGGGGGGGACUCGUUGGGGGACUCCAUCUUCUGCAUCCAGCACAACAUCUGAUGUUUUAUGAACGUCAAGCACUGGCCCUGGAUGAACCUGUUCUUCAAGAUCAAGCCCCUGCUGAAGAGUGCAGAGGCCGAGAAGGAGAUGGCCACCAUGAAGGAAGGAUUUGAGAGAGCCAACGAAGAACUGGCCACAGCUGAGGCUCAUCGGAAGGAACUGCAGGAGAAAAUGGUGUCCCUGCGGCAGGAAAAUAAUGACCUCCAGCUGCACGUCCAGUCUGAAACAGAAAGCCUGAUGGAUGCCGAGGAACGGUGCGAGGGGCUCAUCAAAAGGAAGAUUCAGCUGGAGGCCAAAGUGAAGGAGCUAAACGAGAGGCUGGAAGAGGAGGAGGGGAUGAAUUCUGAACUGGUUGCCAAGAAGAGGAACCUGGAAGAUAAAUGCUCCUCCCUCAAAAGAGACACUGACGACCUGGCGCUGACCCUUACCGAGGUGGAGAAGGAGAAGCACGCCACGGAGAACAAGGUAAAGAAUCUUUCAGAAGAAAUGACAGCGCUUGAAGAAAACAUUUCCAAACUGACCAAAGAGAAGAAACCUCUGCAGGAAGCCCAUCAGCAAACAUUGGAGGAUCUUCAGGUUGAAGAAGACAAAGCCAGUGGUCUCACCAAAAUAAAAGUCAGGCUGGAGCAGCAAGCAGAUGGCAGUAACGUGGAAAGAACGUGCCAGACUGUGGAAGACCAAUUUAAUGAAGUCAAGGCCAAGGAUGACCAACAGACACAGUUAAUCCAUGAUCUGAACAUGCAGAAGGCGAGGCUGCAGACCCAAAAUGGGGAGCUGAGCCACCAAGUGGAAGAGAAGAAGGCUCUGAUUUCACAGCUAACCGAAAGCAAGCAGGCCCUCACCCAGCAGCUGGAGGAGCUUAAGAGGCAGCUAGAAGAAGAAACCACGGCCAAGAGUGCCCUGGCCCACGCCCUGCAGUCCUCCCGCCACGACUGUGACCUGCUGUGGGAACAGUAUGAGGAGGAGCAGGAAGCCAAGGCCGAGAUGCAGAGGGCGCUGUCCAAGGCCAACAGCGAGGUGGCCCAGUGGAGGACCAAAUACGAGACGGACGCCAUCCAGCACACAGAGGAGCUGGAGGAGGCCAAGAAAAAACUGGCCCAGAGGCUCCAGGAAGCAGAGGAAAACACAGAGGCUGUGAGCUCCAAGAGUGCUUCCUUGGAGAAAACCAAGCAGAGGCUCCAGGGAGACGUGGACGACCUGAUGCUGGAUUUGGAGCAGGCCAACACCACCUGCGCCUGCCUGGACAAGAAGCGGAGGAACUUCGAUGAGGUCCUCACAGAGUGGAAACAAAAAUUGGGAGAGUUGGAAGCUGCUCAGAAAGAGUCCGGGUCACUUAGUACUGAAAUCUUCAAGAUGCGCAAUGCCUACGAGCAGGUGGUGGGUCAGUUAGAGACACUGAGACCGGAGAACAAAAUUCUGCAAGAAGAGAUUUCUGACUUAACCGUGCAGAUUGCGGAAAUGAGCACGAAUCUUCAGCAAGUGGAGAAGACCAAGAAGCAAGUGGAAGAAAAGUCAGACCUCCAGGCUGCCCUAGAAGAGGUGGAGGGUUCCCUGGAGCACGAAGAGAGCAAGAUUUUGCGUGUCCAGCUAGAGAAGGACAGAGAAAUCGAGCAGCUGAAAAGAAACAGCCAGUGGGCAGCAGAGGCCAUGCAGAGCGUGCUGGAUGCUGAGAUCUGGAGCCGGAAUGAUGCUCUGAGGCUGAAGAAGAAGAUGGAGGGGGACCUCAGUGAGAUGGAGAUUCAGCUGCGCCACUCCAACCGCCAGGUGGCAGAAACCCAGAAACACCGCUCAGUCCAGAGCCAGCUCAAGGACUGCCAGCUGCAUCUGGAUGAUGCCCUGAGAGGCAAUGAGGACCUCAAGGGGCAGCCGGCCAUCGUGGAGCGCAGGAAUGGCCUCUUGCUGGAGGAGCCGGAGGAGAGCAAGGUGGCCCUGGAGCAGACGGAGCGGACCCGUAAACUGUCGGAGCAGGGGCUGCUGGAUGCCAGCGACCGCGUGCAGCUCCUUCACUCCCAGAACACGUGCCUGAUAAAUAGCAAGAAAAAACUGGAAGCUGACAUAGCCCAAUGCCAGGCAGAGGUGGAGAACUCUAUCCAGGAGUCCAAAAAUGCAGAGGAGAAGGCCAGGAAGGCCAUCACGGAUGCGGCCAUGAUGGCCGAGGAGCUGAAGAAGGGGCAGGACACCAGCGCCCACCUGGGGCGGAUGAAGAAGAACCUGGAGCAGACGGUGAAGGACCUGCAGCACCACCUGGACGAGGCUGAGCAGCUGGCCCUGAAGGGCGGGAAGAAGCAGAUCCAGAAGCUGGAGGUGCGGGAGUCACAUAGCAGGCUAGAGGCUGAGCAGAAGAGGGGAGCCCAGGCCCUGAAGGGCGCGCACAGAUACGAACGGAAGGUCAAGGAAAUGACUUACCAGGCCGAGGAGGGCCGCUAGAACAUACUCAGGCUCCAGGACCUGGUGGACAAGCUGCAGGCCAAAGUGAAGGCUUCCAGGAAGCAGGCGGAGGAGGCCGAGGAGCAGGCCAACACACAGCUGUCCAGGUGCCGGAGGGUCCAGCGCGGGCUGGAGGAGGCCGAGGAACGGGCGGACAUCGCCGAGUCCCAGGUCAACAAGCUGCGGGCCAAGAGCCGCGACGUGGGGGCCCCGGUGAGAGCAGACUUCCUCCCCAGACGUCCUAGGACCCAGGACCAGGCAGCACCCAGCAGAGUUUGGAGGGUGGCUGUCAGUGCACCGUCCCUGCUGCUGGUCGUGCAGCCACAAAAGUCACCGCUUUAGCCUAGACCCCGUGGUUCCAGGCUCACAGGAGCAGUGCGGGACCAGGGGCCAGACCACCCUAUCAUCCCCGCCCCUCCCUGUUGCAAGAGGCGCUGCCCAAGAAGCCUCUGCUUUGGGGGGGAUUCACCCCAACUCCGGGAGCUCGACUGCUUUGUUUUUACAAGGUGCGAAGGGAGAUAAAGCCACGCCUGAAUAUUUUCCUGAGGCUCCAGCUGCCCCCACUUGAAGACAGUGCCCAGCCUCACCUUUGGUUUGACUCAUUUCCUGUGUACAAUUCUUUUUCUCCCCCAGAAGAUGGAAGAAUGAGCCCUUCCCCCCCGUUGCCAUGGGACACCUCGGGAAAACGGAGAGAGGGUGUUGUGAGAAAUCAAUUCUCCUGACUACUCGGGUCCCUGGCUCUGCUGUGUUUAUCAUCACCGUCCAUUCCUCCUCUGUGGGGUGGUUUUCAGUUCUUGCCAGGUCUAUUUAUAAACUGUAAAGAAAGUAAGGGAUGUGAAAGCAGACCCUCCUGGCCCUGAGAAGGAAAGGUGGAAAUCCAACCAUCUGGAGAUAUAUCACCAGCUCCCCAGCAGUUAAAAAUAAAAACGCUUUCAGAUAAGCACACCCCUUUUUCUGCCUAGGAACUCAUAAUUCUUUCCAAUUCAGUUCCCCUAAAUUUACAGACAGGGAAACUGGACCCAGAUAGACUAAGCACUCUGACUGUAGUUGUCCAGGGUGGUGGGAGACUAGACCCCAAGAUCCCAGGCCCCCCAAGCAGGGCUCUUUCCACCAAGCAGCUCUGCUUUUCCAUCCCGUCCCCCCCAGCGGCCGUGUCUCCACUCCUCUCAGACCACCUACAGCUCCCAGAACAUCUUUGGAGGCAGUAGGCGCUCCUGAACCUGGGAUGCAUUCCUGGGAGGACAGAUGCUUCGGGAAGGACUGCCUAGGGGCUGGCCUGUCCGGCAAGCCCUGCCCCUCCUUCGGGUCCCUCCCCUCCACGCACAUGGACCCUUCCCCUGGUGCUUGAGCCAAGGGUGAGGGGCGCAGCUAGUCUCAGGGUCGCUCCCAGAUCCCAGCCAGAUCUUGCUGAGUGUCAUUAUGUUGGUUUGCUUACCCUGAAGGGUCGUAAAGCAGCAGGACAAACAAGGACAGGAUCAGAAGCCGAGACGAAAUCUGAGCCUCGGCCUGACCACUUCGUAGCAGCAGCUGUGUGGCCUGGGUUGGCCGCAUACAUUCUCUGAACCUGAGUUGCCUCAACAGUCAGACUGACCCGUGCGGUCAGGGGCAUGGACUUUGGGUUCCAGCAAACCGGGAUGGAAUCCCAAUAUUAUCACAUACCAACUGUGUGGCCUCGGGCAACUUAAGACUAACGGUCUGAGCCUCGAUUUCCUUAUUCUGUAAGGCAGAGAUACCAAUAAAAAUCUCAGCUUUCCCAGGACAGAUGGGGGGUUGGGGGGUUGGCAAGGUGUGCAGGGAUCCUGGCUUACUAUGUACCAGGCACUGAGAUGCACUCUCCUCUAACAUCUGAGAUCGUCCCUUCUCUCUGGCCUUCUAGGUCCUCCUUUCCAUCUCAUCACCAGCCCACCCCUUGUGCCUUUGACACAGUGGGGCUGGAAGUUAACGAUGGGUGGCGCCAGUCGUGGUGGCAGGAAAUGAUUCUGAGGUCGGGUGAUCUCAGAUGUCUGACAUCACCACCACCAUCAUCACUAUCAUCACCAUACUCACCAUCAUCAUGGCUAAACUUGAGGACUGAAAGAGUCAUUAAAAAUGAUCUCUUCGGGGGCUUCCCUGGUGGCGCAGUGGUUGGGAGUCCACUUGCCGAUGCAGGGGACACAGGUUCGUGCCCCGGUCCGGGAAGAUGCCACAUGUCGUGGAGCAACUAGGCCCGUGAGCCGUGGCCGCUGGGCCUGCGCGUCCGGAGACUGUGCUCCGCAACGGGAGAGGCUGCGACAGUGAGAGGCCUGAGUACCGCGAUGAAGAGUGGCCCCCACUCGCUGCAACUAGAGAAAGCCCACGCACAGAAACGAAGACCCAACACAGCCAAAAAUAAAAUAAAUUAAUUAAUUAAAAUUUUUAAAAAGCUAAAAAAAAAAUGAUCUCUUCAAUCUCCUCAGUUUUACAGGCAAGGAAACCAAGGCUGUUCUCAAAGUCCCCAGAUACCAGAUCCUAAUCCUACAUUUCUGCCACCCUAUUGCAUCGCCCUCCCAAUAAAAGUAAUACAAUUUCAAAUACACGAACAAUUUUGUAUGAUGCUGAGUAUUUAUGGGACCGUUUUCCUCUUUUCCAUCCUGGCCUCCCAACAAGCCCAUCAGGAGGUCAGGCAGAUAUUAAUACCUUCAUUUUCUGACGGGGCUGCAGAUGGACUGUGGCUUUUCCAAUGCUGAGGAGGAACUGACAUGGCAGCUCUUCAGACUCACCGUGCAGCACGG